GCUGGCAAAGGCGGGUUUUCAACCCCCCCCGCCCACGUGACGCGGAGAGGGCCAAUAGGAGCGCGCCGAGGCCUCCGGCGGCUGGUCUGCUUCAAAACCAUCUUCAAGGCUGAUACUCUGAAACAUAGUCAGGCUUGCAUAUAUAAUUGGAGGGGUUUUGAAUGCAGUCUGAGUCCAAGAAGUAUGAAGAAGAGAUGCCUUCUCUGUUCUGGGGGUUGGAUCCCGUAUUUUCUGCGUUUGCAAGACUCUAUAUUAAAGAUAUAAAAGAAAUGAGAGAAUCUAAACAAGUGCCAGGUAUAUUCUUCUAUAACGGGCACCCAGUAAGACAGGUGGACGUUGUUGGGAUAGUGGUUCAUACUAAAGAGCGAGAUGCCUUUUACAGUUAUGGAGUGGAUGAUAGUACUGGAGUUAUAAAUUGUGUCUGCUGGAAAAAUCCCAUGGUAGCAGAAAGAUCUUUAUCAGGCUGUCCAAGCACACUCAGCAGUCUUAAAGUGCUUGAACAGAUGAAGAAACUCCAGGAAACGGUGAGCCAGAAAACCAAGCUGGCGAUUGGGGAUGUUGUCAGGGUCAGAGGUUACAUCCGAACCUACCGGCAACAAAGAGAAAUCCAGGCUUCGUGUUUUUAUAAAGUGGAUGAUCCUGUGUGUGAUGUUCAGAUUUCAAGAAUGUUGGAGCUCCCUUGUCUCUAUAGAGAAGUUUACGAUAAACCUUUCCAAAGCCCAGGGGAGGGACAGAGUGGCCCAGAGGGUGUGGAUUUCUCAAUUUGUAUUCUGCAUGAGAAAGUGAAAGACUUCCUACUAGAAAACAAAAUUCAGACCUUUUACCAACAGGAGCUGGAAAUGAUUGAUACUCUGGUGUCCCUGGCUGGUGGGCCGCUCUCCGGUCCCAGCUGUCAGGUGAAUUCAAAAACUGACUCCAGCUCCAAAAGGAUUCACAGUGUUUUUAAGGAAGCAAUAAGGAUGCUACAAGAAGAAGGAAUGGUUUUCCAGAAACCUAGUAGCUCCAAGGACUUGUACCAUGUGACUGACCAUGAUAAGGAGCUGCUUAAAGUGACCCUCGAUGUGGUUAAAGAGGACUGCCGAAAACCCAGGCAUGUUGAAAAAGGCUGCCACUUUCUUCAUAUCCUGAGUUGUGUUCAGCAGAACUACAACCCCAGCCUGGCUGAAGUGGUGAUGCACCGUGUCUUGGAACUGCUGGAGAGUAACAGUGAUGUUGUCAGCACUAUGGAAGGAUACUAUAUGGCAUUUUAAAGAGGGAAGAUGAGAUAAGUUUGUUCUGGUCCAAUCAGGAUAAAGUGAGGAAUAAGGAACGGUUGGGACAGAACUCUGACACUGAAAAACUGCUAUUACCAAGUAUGAGCUAGAUGGGGGGGGGAAAAAGAGUGUUCUCCUUCUCCAAGUGCUAUUUUUGUCCAGCUCCUGAGAAGUUGUCCAAAUAUUUGUUUUAAUAUUCUUGCUGACUUCCUCCUUAUUACUAGUGAAAGUUGUAUCAAACUGAUUCUGGACGUCCUAACACAGCAGGGGAGCUGGAAAAGAAGCUGGACUUUUUCUCUGCAUGUCCUUCCCUGAUAAACAGUAAGAUGUGACAUGGCCAUCUCACAUCUAUGUCUGGUGAGCCCUAAAGAGAAGUCACUGCUAAAGAGCACUGUUUACAGUAAUGAUCAUGUCAGGACUCAUCAUUCUGGCUUAAAGACUGAUGUUGUGAUCUUUCCAUAUGGUAAUAGCUGUUCUUUUUAUGUAUGCUUUAUAAUAGCUAGAGAAAGCACGUGAAAGAAAACAAUCAAAAGGUUUGCCUGUUCUUCCUGGCAGUGUUGGUGCACCCAUGUAUGUAUAUGUAUAUUCCUGAAUGUGCACGGAUAUGCUACUCCUAAAGCAGUCCCCACCUUCCUCUGAGAAGUAAUAUUCAGGAAUGAGGUCCAGCAUCCCUUUCCCAUCCUGCAGCCUUCUCCACUGCUUGUAAAGCUUGUCUGGAUUCCACUGGCUACUGCAUACACUACUGAUGCAUGUUAUUGUGGAUUCUAUUCAGACAAGAAGUCUCAAAAUCAGCCACUGUUUUGCUGUUUAUUUUUAAAUUGCUUUCUAUAUCACAAACGAUAAACCAUAAAUCAGGUGCUUUGGAAAAGAAAAUAUGAAAACCAGCAAGACUCGCUGUGACCUUCUUGCUUCCGGUUGCCUUUUGCAUCUUCUUCCUUGUCACCUUCAGGAAAAGUACUAUCCAUAUUCAUGCUUGCAGUAGAACACAAGACAUUAAUGAAAUAAGAUCAGCCUGGAGAAGGUUACCAUGCAAGGCAUUUGACCUAGAAUAAUCAAAAUUCUGGUGUGUGCCAAAGUUUUCAAAGCCUGGAGCUGUUCAGUAUCUGCUUGGAGGGCUUGCUGCAGCAGGGGCUUGUCUAAGUACUCUGUUUAAUUAAUGGUGUGGAGGUGAUACCUUCAAUUUCAAAAGAGUAAAAAGGAAAAAUGUAUCCUUCCUCGCUGCUCUGCACCUUCCCUGUAACAGCUGAACUAGCAGACUCCCAGGAGGCAGAUGUAGUGGUAAAGCCCUAUAAGGAUUGACAUAGCAGGGGAAAAAUAAACCACAUGCAUGAGGAAAGCCAGUGAGUAGCCCCAUGUGUGCCAAGUCUCUGGUUUGCUGUUAUAUUAUAUGCCUCGUUCCAAGCCGUAGCUGCAGUGAGAUAUAGGCUAAGAGAAAAGUAUGAUGAAAUAUUUGGCAUUUGCAUUGAGAGGCCUGUGGAAAACUCCAGCCUUAAAGAGAUGGUGCAUUUGUCCAUAGUGGAAAA